AUGGAAGACGUGUCUCGCACGUCGCGGACCCGAAUACCCCCCAGGAUUGAACGCCGUCGCACCGUGGGGGAUGACCCAGCUGGGUCGUGGACCUCGCGGACGAAGCCCGUCACCAUCGCUUGUGAGCGGUGUCGGAGAAGGAAGAUUCGAUGCGAUGGGGAGACGCCGUGUGCGACUUGUCGCCGUUUCUCGUUGCAUUGCGUACGACCCCAGAAGAGCAGCGAUGGCCAGGCGGCGCUGGAGCAGCGCGUACAACAGCUGGAAGCGCGCAUUGUUGAGUUGAGCACCGGGUUACCAAACCCGCCGGUUACAUACUCUGGAGAUAAUCGUUCAGCACGUCAUCCCUCGCCGCCGUCUCUUCACCUGCUCACUGACCUGGCGCCGCCGAAGUAUGCCGACUCUGAUUCCGAGUCAUUUGGGCACCUGUUCCCCGAUAGCAGUCCCUCCACGCUGGACAUCCCUCGGAUCAAAGUGGUGGACUUUGUCGAUAACAUAUCACCACCGUCCUCGUCCUACAUGUCGUCCACAGUGUCUGCAGCUCCGAGUCCCCUAUCCCCCAUGUUUGACGGACGCUUACUGCCGCCAAACAUGGGGAUGACGUUAUCUCCCCCGAUGUUGGUGUCUCCGUGGCCCGGACAUGAUUCUAUCCCCCAUCUAUCACCAGGGAACGUGGUAGAAUCGCCCCGCUCGCGACGGUCAUCAAUGUCAAUCUCAGAGUACAAUCUGGAGCUGGACCAUUCGAACCCCAACUUCCCAAUGGUCGACAUGGGAGAAGACAUCAAACCACAGAGCUUCAGCUUCUUCCCGCCCCCCGAGACGGACAAUCUCAGUGGCAUGCCGACUAGCGUGGAAAUCCAGCCCCUUCUAGAUAUUUUCCUCCAAAAGACCCCCGGAAUGGGAUAUCCCCUCGGCCAUGACAUGUUCCAGAUCUUUCUCGAUAUCAUCGACGGUCCGUCGCACCGACCUGACACUCCCGGAGAUGGAUACCCGGUCUCCAUGGCCAAGUUUCACGUGUACAUGGCGAUAGCGGUGGGAUUACGGAUGAAAGAUAACUGUCGACCGCGAGAAUUGGAGUUGCUGGAGACCUGCUAUCGGGUGGCUGUGGAGCAGAUUCGGUCGCGUCGUUUCUGGGACCAGCCCUUGGCGGGUGAAGCUGCGGUGCUACUGAUGUUGUUCGCACAAGCUAGUCAGCAAACAAGAUCAUGA